UCCAGCAUGGACACAGGGUCAAAUUCCACAUUUUUCCUGCGGCUCUGUGCGCACAGUGUUACAACUCUACAGUCUGUGACCGCCAGAAUAAGGAGGGCCAUUGAUGGAAAAUGUCUCCACCCAAACACACAGCAACACACUCAAUCCCACCUCACACUCUGGCCCAGCUGGCACGAGAGUGGCUGGCAGAGGACACGCCAAACUUUGAUCCAGCAGGCGUGUGUGUGGGGUCACAGGAGGUUGAAGCAAGGCUGCUGUGUAAGACACCACACAGCAUCCUGGCAGGGGGCCCCUUCUUCACAGCAGUGUUCACGGAGGUCGGGUGCACUGUGGACUGGAUUUACCAGGAGGGAGCAGAGAUUGGUCCAGAUGCUGUCACAUUGAUUGCUGUGGUGAGAGGUCCAGCAAGGUGCCUCCUCCUAGGGGAAAGGCCAGCUCUCAACUGCCUGGCCAGGGCCUCUGGGAUUGCCACUCGCUGUUCUGAGCUCCAGGCCAAGGCUAUAGCAGGAGGAUGGCACGGAGAAGUGGCUGGCACACGCAAGACCACCCCAGGCUUCCGUCUGGUGGAGAAGUACGCCAUGCUGGUUGGUGGCGUUUCCAUGCACAGACAGGACCUGAGUGGAAUGGUGAUGUUGAAGGACAACCAUGUCUGGGCAUCAGGAAGUAUCACAGAGGCUGUGAAAGCCGCCCGGUCAGUGUGUGGCUUCAGCAGUAAGAUUGAGGUGGAGUGUGGGUCUGCAGAAGAGGGCAGAGAGGCAGCUGGAGCAGGAGCAGACAUUGUUAUGCUGGACAACUUUCAACCUCAGGAGCUCCAUGCUGCAGCUCGUGCACUGAAGGUGGAGUUCCCAACUGUGCUGAUAGAAGCCAGUGGAGGAGUCACUCCAGAGAACUUAACUACGUAUUUCUCCCCACAUGUGGACAUUAUUUCCCUGGGCUGCAUAACACAGGGCUGCCCAGUUGUGGACUUUUCUCUCAAGGUUCAAAAGCCUACUCACUCAAGCCUCCACACCACAAGUAGGAUGGACAGACGGUCCCACGCUGAGUGAAGGAGAAAAUGUGAGAUUUUGAUCUGGUGAACAGAGGAGAAUUUUCAAAUAAUAAGAAAUAAUCAACAUACUGUUUGCUCACUCUGUCAUUAGUACUUUGACAUGGAGGAAAGGAGAAUAGAAACCACGCCAUGUGGACAAUUUCAUGUAGCUGUUGAAAACAACAUCUCACAGCUGUUGCAGCAGCAGUCAAGGUCAAAGUUAGUGUAAACUAACUAGGCUUCAGAGGCUACACAUUAUAUCAUUAGGUUAUUACUACUCAUGCAUUAAUGCAGCUGUAGCUGGUUGUGGCGGAAAUAAUUUUUAACUGUUUUGUAUAUUACAUAUAUAUGUAGAUUAAUGGACUGAACCAUGAAAUGUUUGUCAUUUAUGCCUGACAAAUUAUGAUUAUCAAAAUAGUUUCCAAAUCCUUUUCUGCCAAUCGACUUUUUAAGUAGGUCGUGGCUGAUAAAAAAAAAAUAAAAUCUACUGUGACAGAAACAAAUACAACCACCAACACAUUUAAAGGAACAUAUCCCUGUGAAUUUGAAACUUGGCUCAACACGAGUAAAAUCAUGGUGUUUGUUUUCUUCUUCCCUUUUUCAGUAUGAUCUCCUCUUUUUUGUUGACUCAGUAGACUGUACAACCACAAAAAUGUCUGCAGCUGGUUUUCUCAAAUGACUCCAUCCGAGGCUUCUGUGCUAAUGAUACCUGGGUGGAUCUGUCUAUGAAAAACUACCUCUGUCUUCAUAUAACAGCCUCCUUUUCUGUUAACAAGACAUGUCAAAAGUAUUUUUAUAGGUGAAAAAUAAAGGAUUUAGGAAUUACCAAAGAAA